UCCGGGAGCGUUCGCUUCCCCAGUACCUCCUCUUGGACGGAGAUUUGUCUCCCAGGCAGGACGCUACGCGGGUUUCCGCCUUUGCUUCCCCCUGGUUUUGGGACGAGAUGCCCUCUCUUUCUCUACUUUGUCCCUCCCUACCCGGGACGCGCAGCGCUGCGCAGAGCCCCGUGCUGCGAAGGGCAGUGCUUCCCCCGGGCCGCGCAUCGCAUACAGCUGCCUGCGGCCGAUGGGUCGGGCAGCCGCACACACCUCGUUCCCAAAAUAAUGACAUUGGCUUCAAACAGAGGAACGGCCCUUGGCAUAUUCUCAAAUCAGUGCAACACCAGGUUCUGUCCUUCCUCGGUCUCAAGCCCUCUGACUUCACUGUGGCCGUGAUUUCGACUUGCUACUUGCCAACACCGUGGUUGGAGCGUUGCUUCCCCAGCUGCAGAGCAGCAGCUCUGGGCUCUUACUGGGACCCUGAGCAGCGGUGGGAUGCUCUGAGCAUUGCUACUUCCAGCGUCUGGCGCUUGGGCACCUGCCGUUCCCCAGCCGCGUUGCUGCCACACAGCCCAGGGCUGCGGCUGUGUCACCCUCACAGGCAGCCCAAGGAACAGCCACACGGCCCCGCGUUGUGCCCUGCGUCCGCUGGGCAGGGGCACACAGGAGGGGCACCAUCAGCAUGGUGCGCUCAGCCACACGCCGUGCCCGCGGCGGCAGGUCAGUCUGUGUUCUUUCAUAGAAGAGAAAUGAACUGAAAUGAUUAAUUAAUGCCAUCAUCCAAUUACUCUGAGUUUGCAGGAGGAGCGUGGUUUUUCUCUUUAAACUGUCCCCACGAGGAUCCUAUUGAUAUCAGUUUUUGUCGUGGUUGUGGUUUUUUUUGCUUUAUUCUUUUUUGUUUGUUGUUUCUAAUGAAAAUGACAAACAUCUCCCCAGGAAAACACAGUCAAAGUCGGGUAAUAAAAAUAACGAGAUGGGGAGGAGCAGCAGUGCCCAGCAGUGCCCAGCAGCACCCAGCAGGCCUCAGCCCUGGAGCUGCUGUCCCUCGACAUGCUGAGACACAGCCAGCAGUGCCAAGGGCAAGUGGGUACUGCAGGGCUGAGGGAUGGGGGGAGAGUGGCAGCAAAGGAAAUGGGAGCUGCUUGCAGCGGGUGCCGCCUUCGGCACCAACAUGGCUCACCUGCCCAUGUACACACAAACAUGGCAGGAGGUUCAGAGCCCAGACAGCCCCGCUGCCCCUUGAUGCCCCAAAAUGCCCAUUAAAGGGCAUUAUCUAUCCUCUGUUAGCCGUGGGGAUGUGCCCCUCUUGUUCUCCAUCAACCCAAGGGAGGUUUGCUUGUGUUUCAGCAUCCAUCCACACUGGCUCUUGAGCUGCACAGUUAAAGGACAGCUUCGGAAGCCACAAGGUGUGCUGGGGCAGUAAGACAGAAGGAUUUUGCACUGAGCCAUUCCUGUUUGCAUCCCCUCGCACCUCCAUCCCCACUCCUCAGCCUUUGCCAGCACCAGCGCCAGCCCCAAGUGAUGGGGACACUCAGCACCCGAGCUCCACUGGAGCUCCUUCACACCGGCAUCUGUGAGCUCACUGAAGCGUGCCUGGAGUUGGCAUUCCAAGCAGAGCUGCCUUGGCCCUGUGCUGCUGCCGUGACGCAGAGGGGCCGGGGGAAUGCAGGAGCCGUGGCAGCUGUUUGCUCAGCCUCAAGAGCCCGGCAGAGGAGCUCCAUCGGUCAGCCGGCAGGAGGGGCAGCAGCAGCCUGGCCUUUAAAGGCAGAGCCCUGCGCAGUGGGCAGGCUGCCCCAGUGCUGCUGAGUGCUGCAGGCAGAGUGGGCAGUGCUUGGAAGCCAAAUGCUGGAGAUGUAGAAAGGUGACCCUUCUACUGCCCAUGAUGGCCUUAAUGCAUUUUGCGGCUCCUCAAAGGGCACAACAGCAGCAAGCAUUGGCACUGCCUGACUGCCAGCCGGGCAUGGCAGUGGUGGCACCUCAGGGCACCGAGCUACAUGCACCUGGAGGAGAGAGGGGUCAAAGCAUGAGGGCAGGCCGAGAUACACAGGACAGGAGCUGACUGUUCCUGUAGCACUAAGGGUUAACGCUGCCUUGGUCUGGGUCCAGCAGCACUGGGCUGAUUGGGCUGUGGGAAACUCUGAGGUUUCGGUUGUGCAACGCCAAGGGCGGAAAACAUCACUUUGUGCAAACAUGAUGUCCAUGUCCAGGUCACAGGGCGGAUCCCGAGUGGCAGCUUGGCGCCUGGACCCUGAGCUUCCCCAUGCCUCCUUGGCUGGGAGCGGGGCUGCUGGGACAGGAUGGGAUGGGAUGGAGCAGGAUGGGAUGAAAGGGACGGGACAAGUGCCUUGUGGAGUCUGUCCAGGCAGGGCUGAAAGCAGCAAGCAGGGCAACCGCGAUCCCUGCUCCCCCACAGCCGCCUUGGUUUCAGUCCCAACCUGUUCCUGAUGCUCUCUCCCCCCAGUCCCUCUCUCUCCCACAGGUGUUUGAUCCCAGACUCAAGGAGGGCGCAGCUGCUGUGGGACAGACACCUGUUGCUGUGGUCCUUUCAGCCUUUCCCUCUUUCCCCUCCUGCUGCUCUCCCCUCUCCCCACCGUAUCUGCGCUGGCUGCUGUCAGAGCUCCAGCCCAGAGCUAUAGAAGACCGAGAGCAUCCCGCUAAGGCAGGUAGCAUUCAAACAGUAGGCAGCAAAAGUGUAGCUCCGUCCCAGGCUCUGCCGAAAGCCCCACGCGCCCCAAGCGCUGCAGGAAGGAGGGGUGCUGGGAGUCCCAGGGAGAGGUUGCUGCAAGAGGAUGGUGAGGGCGGGCCUGGGGCUGACUGCUGCCGGCAAAGGACUGUGCAGGGCCGAGAUCCGGCUGGUGUCUGGGGAUGUGUGGGCAUCAGCAUCGGAAUCGCCGUGAGAUGUCCCACGGGCUCCGGCCGACGGGCCGGGCAUGGCUGAAAAGAGCCAGCCGCCGCUUUCAAAUCGCCCGUUACGGUAAUCCAUCCCGAAGAUCCACUUUUUCCUUUUUCAACCCAGAAGUUUGCAGCCUGACCUCUGGGUGGCAUCCACGGACGUUUGGAUCGAGCUUCUCCUGUUCCCUCCUCGUGAGCUGUGCAGGGGGAUGAGCUGCACUUCCAUUUUACUUUGGGCAACUGAGAGUGCAAGCCUCUGCCGUGCCAUUAAAUGCACUUAGAGGGGGAUGCUGGUCUAUAAACUUAGUGGAAACAAAACAAACAAAAAACUUAACACAGCAAUCUUAUCUUAGUAGAAAAGAAAGACAGUUUUGUGUUGUUGUUUUUUUUUUUUAAAGCAGACUUAGGGGCUGGAGCUGUACUGGAGAGGAAGAUCAGCUUCCCUGCCCUGCCCACCCAGCACUUCCAUUUCUUUCCUCUUCUGGGAAAUGCUCCCUCUUUGCACUGAUUAUUUUUAAGACCACUCUCCUCUCACUCAUCACCGUGGGGUUCAGCUACAGACAUCUAGGUAUCCAUGAAUGCAGGCUGUCUGCCCAUUAUCUCCCACACCUGCCAGGGCUGGGCUGUGAACCCGUCUGAGGCUAAUUACCCUGAAACUGAAGCCUGUCUGAGCCCUGGGCCUCAGCCCACCUGGAAGACAGGCCAGACCAGUGCCCAGUAAGAUGCUGUGGGAUUCACACGGACAUCUUUGGGCUGAAGCUGUAACAAAAUUUGCUGUUUUCCCUGUCCCAGAUUUCCUCUUCCAGAAGGAGCUUUUUGCUGCCAGAGAUACAGACCCCAUGCACAACCUCUCGGCACAGCCCUGGCAGGCGAAGAUGGCCAACCUGACCUACGACAACGUCACCCUCAGCAACCGCUCCGAGGUGGCCAUCCAGCCCCCCACCAACUACAAGACGGUGGAGCUGGUUUUCAUCGCCACGGUCACCGGCUCGCUCAGCCUCGUCACCGUGGUGGGGAACAUCUUGGUGAUGCUGUCCAUCAAGGUGAACCGCCAACUGCAGACUGUCAACAACUACUUCCUCUUCAGCCUGGCCUGCGCCGACCUCAUCAUCGGAGUCUUCUCCAUGAACCUCUACACGGUCUACAUCAUCAAAGGCUACUGGCCACUGGGGGCCGUGGUUUGUGACCUGUGGCUGGCCCUGGACUACGUGGUGAGCAACGCCUCAGUCAUGAACUUACUCAUCAUCAGCUUUGACCGGUACUUCUGUGUCACUAAGCCCCUGACGUACCCGGCCAGGAGGACCACCAAGAUGGCGGGGCUCAUGAUCGCAGCCGCCUGGAUAUUGUCCUUCAUUCUCUGGGCCCCUGCCAUCUUGUUCUGGCAGUUCAUUGUGGGCAAGAGGACAGUCCACGAGAGGGAAUGCUACAUCCAGUUCCUCUCCAACCCGGCGGUGACCUUCGGCACGGCCAUCGCUGCUUUCUACCUGCCCGUGGUCAUCAUGACGGUGCUGUACAUCCACAUCUCGCUGGCCAGCAGGAGCAGGGUGAGGAGACACAAGCCCGAAAGCAGGAAAGAGAGGAAAGGCAAGUCCCUCAGCUUCUUCAAGGCUCCCCCAGUCAAACAGAACAACAAUAACUCCCCCAAGAGGGCCGUGGAGGUGAAGGAGGAGGUGAGGAAUGGGAAGGUGGAUGACCAGCCCUCUGCACAGACAGAGGCCGCUGGCCAGCAGGAGGAGAAGGAGACCUCCAAUGAGUCCAGCACAGUCAGCAUGACCCAGACCACCAAAGACAAGCCCACAACGGAAAUCUUGCCAGCAGGACAAGGACAGAGCCCCGCCCAUCCUCGGGUGAACCCGACUUCCAAGUGGUCCAAGAUAAAAAUCGUCACCAAGCAGACUGGGACCGAAUGUGUCACCGCCAUCGAGAUCGUCCCAGCUAAGGCAGGAGCCUCUGACCACAACUCCCUGUCCAACAGCCGCCCUGCCAAUGUCGCCAGGAAGUUUGCCAGCAUCGCCAGGAGCCAGGUGCGGAAGAAGCGCCAGAUGGCAGCCCGGGAGAAGAAGGUCACCCGGACCAUAUUUGCCAUCCUGCUAGCCUUCAUACUCACAUGGACUCCUUACAACGUGAUGGUCCUCAUUAACACCUUCUGCGAGACCUGCGUUCCGGAAACCGUGUGGUCCAUUGGCUACUGGCUCUGCUACGUCAACAGCACCAUCAACCCAGCCUGCUAUGCCCUCUGUAAUGCCACGUUCAAGAAAACCUUUAAGCACCUCCUCAUGUGCCAGUACAGGAACAUUGGCACGGCCAGGUAAGCUGGUGCUCAGGGACCACUUCAGCAACGUUACGGCAGUCCUCCCCUUCGUCUCAUUCACCUGGAGAGGUCCUCUGCUCCCUCUCACAGAAGCGCAGACUGCGAAGUGCUGGCAGGUGGUGCCCUAUAGUGCUGACAAAAGUCCACAGCACCUCUGAGCUGCAGCACAUCCUGAGCCCAGGGACUCACUGAAGGGAUGGGGAGGAAGGCGAGCUGAGGCCAGAUGUGCUAACCAGAGCCCUCCCAGCUCCCUGUCCUGGAUGUAUUGGCUGACAGGCAUCAGUACUCCUCAUCAGACUGGCUGCCUCUUCUCCCUGUGGCUGACUGUCUCCCAGCUGUCCGAGCUUGUUUGCACACAAACAGCCUAACACUGGGUGUUUUCAAUAGCCUUGUAGACUAUUUACUACCCAAGAUGAAAAGAAACAGAGGGGCUCAACUUUUGCCAGCCACUUUGGACCUGGAUGGCUUAGGUGUGCGCACAGAAGGCCCUCGGACUGUCCACUCAUGAGGUUGGGGCUGUGCCCAAGCAGCAGUGAGCUCCCUCCUUGUCUCAAUGUCACCUCCUGGCAUAGGGACCUGUGGGGACAGUGUGGGACACUGUCCCACCAUGGUGGACCCAGGGAGGACACAGGAGAUGACUGCUGAGCUUUGUAAAUGGACGUAACCCCACAACCUCUGCUGUUGCAGAGUCCUCAGCAUGUGGGGUCCCACCAGCCCCUCCUGGCCCCGUGCGUGCAGCCCAGGCCCCAUCGUGCUGUUGCCUCACUUCUGCCAAGGCUGGGGCUCUGCUGAAAUGUGGGGACACUGCCAUGUCUGUUUGUCUGUCUCACUCCAUGCCAGGGCAAUGCCGUGCAACCUGGAGAAGGGCUGCCCUGCCCCCCUCACUGCCACUGCCUUUAGGAUCCUGACAUAGCAUUACCCACAUUGCCUGGCGGGUUGGUUUUGGGUUUCGGAGAAGUGUUACAGCUACAGCUGACCCCCAGCAAAUAAAGACCUCGGACCAGAAACCAAA